GCCUCAGAGCAGACCCCAGAUCAGAGCAGACCACAGAGCAGACCAAAGAGCAGACCCUAUAUCAGCCUCGGAUGACUGCUGGAGUCGCUGGGUUCAGUAAACCGUGUGUGUCGUAGUAGAUCUACUAUCGCCUUCCAACUACCAACACGCAGACAACCAGCAGCGAUGGACCCGGUGCUGACCUCGGUGGUCCUGGUGGUCCCCUGCGUGCUGGUGGUGCUGGCGGGGAUGGUCUACCUCUAUGGGCUGAUGGUCCACCUGUUCUCCCAGACCUCUGUGAGGAACAAGGUGGUGGUGAUCUCUGACGCUCUAUCCAGCCUGGGGAGAGAAUGUGCCAGUGUGUUCCACCGUGGAGGAGCGCGGCUGAUCCUCUGUGGGAGGAGCUGGGAGCAGCUGGAGGGCGUGGCCGAUGAGCUCUCCGCCUCCUCAGACCCCACUACGACCUUUCUGCCCAAGCUGGUGCUGCUGGACUUCGGGGACCUGGGCAGCAUGCCGGAGGUGGUGACGGAGGUGAUGGAGUGCUACGGCAGCCUGGACCUCCUGAUCCUCAACUCCAGCCUGAAGGUUCGGGCGCCAGCCGCCGCCGUCUCCCUGGAGACCGAGCGCCUGCUGAUGGACUACAACUACUUCGGCCCCGUGACCCUGGCCAAAGGCGUCCUUCCCUCCAUGAUCUCCAGGAGGACGGGCCACCUGCUGCUGGUCAACAGCAUCCAGGGGCGGCUGGCCGUCCCGUUCCGGACCACCUACGCAGCCUCGAAGCACGCAGUGCAGGCCUUCUUUGACUGUCUGCGGCCGGAGGUCCAGGAGUAUGGCAUCUCCGUCAGCACGCUGAGCCACACCUUCAUCUGCAGCGCCAGCACCCAGCAGCCAAUCAGUGCCAAGCCCUACUGGUCAUUCCUGUACGGCCCAACACCGCUGGGGGUCACGCCAGGGGCGGCGGUCCGGGAGAUCGUGAGGACGGUGAACGACAAGAGGAAUGAGGUGGUCAUCGCCCCGUCCCUCCCCAAGGCUGCCAUCUGCGCCCGCUCCUUCUUCCCCAACCUCUUCUUCGCAGUGAUGGCUGCCGGGGUGGAGAGUUCCGCAGUGCUGGAGUCGCAAUAGACCCUAGGACGGCUGGUCUUCAUGACCUACUUGUACCUGCUAGUUCGUGGGACGUGUACUCUGAUGUUUUUUUUAAAUAAGGGAGUUGGGGGUACAGGAUACAAAGUGCCAGACAGGCCCAUUGCAGCCACUGAGGUAGUCAUGGCCAGACAUUUAGACAUGAAGACGAAGAUGAAGAGGAUUUUAGAUGUGGGAAGAUGGUGGGGAGGUGGGGCAGAUGGAAUAAAGAUGAAUUUACAAUGAAAAACAAUGACGAUAGCCACUUCUGUUUAAUAAAACUGCGUUAACUCAAUAUAAA